AUGGUCACGGUGCUGGACAGCUCACACGGUCUUGAAUAUGGAGAGACGGUUAAGGAGAAUCGGAAAAGCUAUGCGAAACUUCAUGGCUACGAAACCUUUUUCGCGCAUGUUGGAGACUACGAUCUCCUUGGGUCGCCAAUGUCCUGGACAAAGAUUGUUGCCAUGAGGCAUGCCCUGAAUAAAUUUCCCAACUGCCAGUACAUCUGGUUCCUCACCCAAGACGCCUUCAUCAUGAACCCCGCCGUCUCCAUCCAUAAAGAUAUCAUGGCUUCGGACAAGCUCGAGAACUUGAUGAUUCGUAACCAGCCGGUCGCCCUUCCGGAUAGCAUCAUCAAGACGUAUUCUCACCUCAAGCCUGAGAAUGUUGAUGUCGUGGUCACGCAGGACUUCGAGGGCAUGUCUGCAGAUAGCCUCAUUAUCAGAAACAGCGAGUGGGCCGAGUUUUUCCUCGACAGCUGGUACGACCCGCUCUAUAGAAGCUACAACUUCCAGAAAGCCGAGACGCACGCCCUGGAACAUAUCGCACAAUGGCACCCCACCAUCCUCUCCAAACUUGCUUUGGUUCCCCAAUCAACUCUCAACUCGUACAGCCGGGCAACUCUCGGGGCCAAAUACUCGACCGGUGACUUCGUGGUUCGGUUUGCCGGUUGCACUAAAAUGGGAAACACGGCUUGUCACCAGGAAGCGGGGCGGUACAACGAGCUUAGGCGUAACGCAUUUGCCAACGCUUAA